AUGGACGCUCGCCGCGUGCGGCAAAAGGAUUGCAGAGCAAAGAAGAACUUCAAGAAAUUCAGAUAUGUGAAGUUGAUUUCCAUGGAAACCCCGUCAUCCUCUGAUGACAGUUGUGACAGCUUUGCUUCUGAUAAUUUUGCAAACACAAAACCUAAAUUCAGGUCAGAUAUCAGUGAAGAACUGGCAAAUGUUUUUUAUGAGGACUCUGAUAAUGAAUCUUUCUGCGGCUUUUCAGAAAGUGAGGUGCAAGAUGUGUUAGACCAUUGUGGAUUUUUACAGAAACCAAGGCCAGAUGUCACUAACGAACUGGCCAGUAUUUUUCAUGCCGACUCUGAUGAUGAAUCGUUUUGCGGUUUCUCAGAGAGUGAGAUACAGGAUGGAAUGAGGCUGCAGGUGGACCGUGAGGGCUGUCGGACCCGCAGUCAGGGUACACGGUCUGGACCCCUCCGCGUGGCCAUGAAGUUUCCCACACGACACACCAGGGGAGCAGCCAGCAAAAGAACUGUGCCCCCUGGGCCCUCAGAGAAUUCUGUGACCGACUCCAAUUCUGACUCGGAAGAUGAAAGUGGCAUGAAUUUCUUGGAGAAAAGGGCUUUAAAUAUAAAGCAAAACAAAGCAAUGCUUGCAAAACUAAUGUCAGAAUUAGAAAGCUUCCCUGGCUCCUUCCCUGGGAGGCGUUCCCUGCCGGGCCCCAGUUCACGUCCAAAGACACCCAGGAGGCGCACGUUUCCGGGUGUCGCCUGCAGGAGAAACCCUGAGCGGAGAGCUCGUCCGCUCACCAGGUCCAGGUCCCGGGUCCUUGGGUCGCUUAGGGCCCUGCCCACGGAGGAGGAGGAGGAGGAGGAGGACAAGUACGUGUUGGUGAGGAAGAGGAAGCCCAUGGUCGGCUACAUGAAUGAAGAUGACAUGCCCCGAAGUCGUCGCCCCGGACCCAUGACCCUUCCUCAUGUCGUUCGCCCGGUGGAUGAAAUCACGGAGGAAGAGUUGGAGAACAUCUGCAACAGCUCCCGAGAGAAGAUUUAUAACCGUUCACUGGGGUCAACUUGUCAUCAGUGCCGCCAGAAAACUAUCGAUACCAAGACAAACUGUAGAAACCCAGAGUGCUGGGGCGUUCGAGGCCAAUUCUGUGGUCCCUGCCUUCGAAACCGUUAUGGUGAAGAAGUCAGGGAUGCUCUGCUAGACCCAAACUGGCACUGCCCACCAUGUCGCGGGAUCUGCAACUGCAGCUUCUGUCGGCAGCGAGAUGGGCGGUGUGCGACUGGGGUGCUCGUGUACCUAGCCAAGUACCAUGGCUUUGGGAACGUGCAUGCUUACUUGAAAAGUCUAAAACAGGAGUUUGAAAUGCAGGGAUAA